AUGCAUGCAGUGGCCACUGUCACUUGGGGGGCUGCAGUGGGACUUGCCCUUGGGCAGUUGACAGAGCUGAAGACAAUGGAACUGGAGUUGAACGCCUACGAUACUAUCCUUCUCUAUGUCCCUCGCGUUAUGAACGUGCAAGCCAACUCCCUACCUUAUAAGCGAGACGAGGAGGAAGGCGACGAUGAAUCGUAUGGAUCCGGAAAUAGUGAGGAUAGACAAGAGCAACGUUUACAGGCAGUUUUCAGCGAAGAUUACUUUCAGCAGAUCAUCCGCCUCUUAACUGCGUUGGCUCGAUUGCCAGCUCUUAAAAGCCUCUCGCUCAGGGAUUACUACUCACAGCCAGUUCGGCAUGAAUAUGUGACCAGAAGUAUUUUAAAUAUGGUCUUCCAUACGCCAGAGGUAUUUGGCAAACGCCUUGGAGACGUACAAUAUCGAAACCCUCUGCCCCACAUGAGUAUUGAGGCCGUGUGUAUAGCACUGCUUACCCAUGCCAAAUUUAGCUUACGACACCUCGACAUUGAACUCCUGGAGAAUGGUUCCAUGUGUGGCUGUCGCCACGAACCUUUCCUGGAGCCAUACCGUCCCUAUCUGUCGAUAAACCCAACCGCACCGCCGACAACAAACUGGAGAUGGAACGAAUUCACCCAGCUAGAGCGGCUCACCCUUGACAUUCAUCUGUUUAGCAAUCUUGAAGGGAAUGGAUGGCUCCCGUUCGCGCAGACCCUUCCCGCUUCCAUUCAGGACGUUGUGAUCCUGGCUCCUCGCUGCCCUCCAGGAGCAGAUAUGCUAGACUUCCAGAACAUGUUUCAUGAUUUCAACCCCCAGAACUUUUCAAUCUUUCGGCCAAUCAACGCGGUGGCGACGUCUACACUGGGAUUAUAA